UCAUAUGAAACAGGAUCGUCAUUUCUGUGCUGUUGAAGUAAGUGUUUGCUUGUGUUUAUAACCAUCUAUAAAGUUUCUGUAGAUUCAGUUUAAAGAUUUCUUAAGACUAGAUCAGAAACCAAAGCGAGCAGUUUUUCCUUUCACUUACUGGUACUCCGCUUGAAUCACAAAGAAGAGAAUCGAAUAAUAAUUUCGCCCUCUUUUCUCUUAUCAUCAACUGCGCUUUGGAGAAGACAAAGAAAGGCCCAGAGAACAUAAGACUGAAGAAAACAAUAAGAUAGGUUUAAUAACAGAGGUUAUUAGUGGACAAACAGAUAGGUUUAAUAAGAAAAGUCAUUAGUGGACAAGCCGCCUAUAAUAAAGUGAAAAAAACUAAAAUAUAUUCAAAAUAUUGUGAAGAAAAUGGAGUUUGAAGAAAUCCUCGCAGAAGUAGGAGAUUAUGGAGUUUUCCAAAAAAGACUCGUCAAUUGGUUUCUGUUGCCUUGCACGGUUCCAUUAGCAUGGUUUGCUCUAAAUCAAAUCUUCCUGAUGUCAGUUCCAGACCACUGGUGUUAUGUUCCUGAAGUGACCAAAGCCAACCUCAGUGUCCAACAACAACAUAUGUUGAUUCGUCCAACGGAAAACCAGCAUGGAUUGGAAAUACCUAGUCCAUGUCAAAUGCAUGACCUGAAUUAUAGCAGUGUCAUUUUGGAUUUGUUAGAGAGUUCAAACUCAAGUACAACUUUCAAAAUACAUACUAUCCUCUCGAAUGUCUCUAAACAGGCGUGUCGGAACGGCUGGGUUUACGACAGGACAAUCUAUAGCUCCACAGCUUCCACACACUGGGAUUUGGUCUGUGAAAACAAUCAUCUGCCUUCACUAAUAUUUACCCUCGCCCUCGCAGGGGGCUCUGUAGCGACCCCAAUUUAUGGCAUUAUGUCGGACAGAAUAGGACGGAAACUGACAUUCUUCAUCUGUGUCCUGGUAACGUUUGUGUCUGGAGUCAUUUCUCUGGUUCUACCCAAUUUUACAGCGUUUGCUGUGUUCCGCUUCAUCAACGGCUCACUACUUCCCACGAUUUUCCAAGUGCCAUACAUUAUGCUAGUUGAAAUCGUUGGAAAAGAGAAACGAACACGAUUGAUGGGAAUAGCCUGCAUCGGAUGGACAUUGGGUCUUUGUAGUUUGCCACUCUUUGCUUUUAUAUUCCGGAGUUGGAGGACUUUUGGACUUAUAACCACUUGCUUUUGUAUUCCAUAUUUCUUUUAUUGGAGAUUUUUGCCUGAAAGUACUAGAUGGUUGGUAUCUGUUGGACGUUACGAAGAAGCAGUAAUAAUUCUGACUGAAAUGGCCAAGACAAAUGGACGACCUGUGCCUCCUGAUCUAGUGAAAAGACUGACAGUGGGGGCUGCAAACUCCAUGGCUUAUUAUGGUCUGCAGAUAAACGCUACCAAUCUCUAUGGAAACGAAUUUCUCAACUUCUUUCUUCUCGGACUUGUUGAACUACCAUCGUAUUUCUUAUGCUGGUACCUAAUGGAAAGGUUGGGACGACGAUGGACUAAUGUUAGCUUAAUGCUCUUGGGGGCUCUUAGCAUCUUAAUACCAACAACCCUUCCGAUAGCUUCAACUCUCGGCACUACUAUUGGGACCCUUGUGGGAAAAUUCGGCUGUUCGGCUGCCUUCAUGGUCGUAUACCAACAGUCGGCUGAGCUCUACCCGACUCCUAUCAGGGCUCUCGGGAUGGGAGCAAGCGCCACCGUCGCAUGCAUAGCUACAAUUUGUACUCCUUAUAUCAUAUAUCUGGGAACGUAUGACAAACACAUCCCUUACUUUAUCAUUGGAGGAAUUUGUUUGAUAGCAUCAUUUGCUGCAUCGUUUCUUCCAGAAACUCUGAAUGCCAAGUUACCACAAACUAUAGAAGACGGAGAAAGAUUUGGUAACAGUCAGAAGUAUUUUUCUUUUUUCGGAUCACAGAACCCUGAAGAUAAUAAUGAAGAAGAAGAAAAGAAAACCGAUUCCGUGGUGCAGAAGGAAUUAUUGUCGACAGUGUAAAGUUUUAUAACAAUCACACUGUCACCUUUCUUCUGCAAUGUAUUUAAAUAAGUUCUAUAAAAGAAUGGUAAAAUUUUAUGAACAAAAUUGGGCCUAAUGAAUAAAAUCUCGAAUGUGAUUAUGGACAUGAAAAAAGAAAACGAAAA